AUUGUUGCCAGGGUUGAUCUGUUUUGGGGAGUUGAAUGGACCUUGGGAAAAGGCCCAAGCCUGGUCAAAAGCCCAUAAACCUCCUCCUACCCAGAGAGCAAAGCCCCACUGCCACCGCCCCAUGUCCCUUAUCCAAUCCCAAACUCUUUCUGAUCAGUGGGAGAGAGACACGAUGGAGUAACUUGAGACAUAAACACACUCUUUCUCUCUCUGUGUCUCUCUUUCUGCUGUAGAAGAUGUUAUCCAUGGCAACUCAAUCUAGUGUUAAUAGUACUCUCACUUGGCAUUCACUUCCUUAUCAGAAACCCGCCUUGAAAUCAUUCAACACCGCCAUUUUCUUUAAGACAAAGGCCGGUUUGAGACAGUCAUCGACCGGUCUGGCAAAAAGAAUCACACCCACUUCGAGAAUUGAAAGACUAACUGCUUCAGCAGCCCCUGAGACACUCACAGCUGAGACAUCCACAGAAACUGAAAUACCAUCUGUCACGACCUCUCCAGAAACUGAGAAGGUGGUAGUGAAGCAGGUUGAGAAGUCGAGGCUGGUUUUGAAAUUCAUAUGGAUGGAAAAGAACAUCGGGCUUGGUCUUGAUCAGGUGAUACCUGGGCAUGGCACUGUUCCUCUAAGUCCAUAUUUCUUUUGGCCAAGGAAAGAUGCAUGGGAAGAGCUCAAGGCCACUCUAGAAAGUAAGCCAUGGAUAUCUCAGAAGAAGAUGAUUAUCCUUCUUAAUCAGGCCACUGACAUCAUCAACCUAUGGCAGCAAAGUGGUGGCAACCUCUCCUAGAUGUGCAAUGUAGGAUAUACUCUGGCUUUUCUUCUUCUUUUUGGCCUGCUUGUUAUAUUUCAGCUAUUGGAUUUUGAUUUACAAUUGAGAUCUCGUUAUGCCUGCAUUUGUUGCAUUUCAAUCAGCUCUGUAGAAUGGCCUCAUUGUGCAGCAUUGAUCAGCUUCUUAAUCUUGUAUUUUAGCUAAACUUUCCUGUCACUUUUAUUUUCUCAAUUUGCUUUUGUCUCUGUUUAAUUUUAUUUUUCUUAAUCAAUAUAUGAGGAAGCCCAUAAUGGCUACAUUA